AUGGGCAAUCCACCCAGUAAGUUCAUUGUUCAUUCACAUUAUGCCCCCACCUCCUUCCACUCACAAUCAGUCCCCACCAUCGCUCAACUACUAUCUAGGUCCUCAUCCCGUACCCGCUCGCACCCCGCCGCCCGGUCAUGGCUCGGACCUCGCCAGCUUCGCAAAUACACCUUACAGCAAGGGAACAGCGUCUCAUCACAACGAAAAUAUGGUACUCAUAAGGACAUGGACGGAAUCCUUCGUUUUGACAUUUUGAAUGACAAACAAGUUGACUUGAAGCUCUUCAUGUCGACAGUCCUCCACAUAUCCGAUUCGCCUCCAUCGGCCGAAGUCGAGGUCCUAGACGAAAUCAUGAAAUCUCCAGAGUUUUUCACGCUUCUUGAGGGGUACAGCAAGCCGAUUGUGCGCGAGGAGGAAAGGUACCCAAGAUUCACGGAACUAUGCAGACAUGCUAUUGGGCAGAUGGUGGACAAGAAGAUCACGAAGAACAAACUGGGGUUUACGCUUUGUGUAAACGACCCUGAGUAUAUUCGUGGCUCAGAGGCGGACCGAAAGCCAGACACAGUUGGUACUACAAUGAAGGCGAUUGAAACUCGGAUUCAAGAGUCGAAGAACGCGAAGGUCGAGGCGAUUAAAGCUCGGCUUCGAGAGUCUGAGAAUGUGAAGGUUGAGGGAAAGAAGAAGGCUAAUGUGAAAACGGUGAAAACAGAUUGGACUCCGGGAAGUGCCUCCACACCGACUCUCGAGGAAAUUAUCGAGAUGAUCAUGUCACCUCCCGAAACUCCGCUGAUGUGGAGUGACCUGUUCAUGUUCGCCGAAUUCAAGGUUAACAACAAGGAUUAUCAACAGAAUAUAAAGGGAUCUGGCGCUUCUCAACAAGUGCGAGGAUCUGCCCCUACAUCUUCUGUCAUCCGACAAUCAGACAGAUCGAUCAGCCAAACUAUGGACUUACAACUCACGAAAGCUUCCUACUCUCCUAUCGGUGAUGGGGAUAGCCAAUCUUAUGCUACUUCCCGAGGUGGAAGCACCGGCGGUCGUCGCUCUCUGAACGACAGCGGAGUGGGUGCUUCAGGUGCCUCCUCCUGCGUUAGGAGUAGUUCGUCAAAACGUCGUCGAGGCGAUGAUGAACCCGCGCAAGGCGUAGGUCGUCCAACAAAACGACCCAAGGUGAUUUCUGUGGAGAUCCUGCUGCAGUGCGCUGGAUAUGCCCAACUUAUGUUCAAUCGAGGAGGGGUCCGCACACAUGUCAUUGGGGUUCUCAUCACCAACAACGUACUUGAACUUCUCCUGUACACGCGGUCGGGGGGCUGCUUCUCGGACACUCUUGAUUUCGUGGAAUCUCCGAAUGUGUUGCUACAGAUCUUGCUUGCAUUCUCAAGGUUGACCAGGUCGCAAUGGGGUUUCUUUGACAAACUUAUCCCUACUACACAAUCUCUCCCUCGAUAUCCAGUCGUUCACAGGAAAAUAGAUGCAUCGAUGUUCAAGGGAAAGAUGCUCGAUGCCGGAGACCACAGGUUUGAGGUGGCAGAUAUCCGGGUCUUUCCCCGUGGCUUGAUUGGCCGUGGGACUUAUACGAUUAGAAUGCAGGCUAAGAGCAAGGAGUUGCUUGGUGAAGGAAAGGUUCGAAAAUUGAUCUUGAAGAUCUCGAGCGCUCCGACGACUCGGAAACCCGAGCAAUUCUUCCUUGACAAAGCGAGCACAGCGGCGAACGAAGACACUAAGGAAAAAUGGGUUUUGAAUCACCUUCCGGAUAUGGUCGAUUCGGGGGAUUUCGAAGGUACCGUGUCAUUCGAACACCUUUUCGGGGAAGAUUACGAAAAGCGGACUCUCCGAUACUUGGCUGUGGAAGAAUUAUAUCUGAUUACAGACCUCACCGCGCCUGAAGAAUUGAGAUUGGCGUUCAAAAACAUAGUUUAUUGUCAUCAAUGGCUGGUCACUGUUCCGGGGAUUAUGCAUCGUGAUGUCAGCAUCAACAACUUGAUGUUUCGUGUGAAAGGCGACAGGAAGUUUGGGGUCCUUAAUGACUUCGAUUUGGCGUGUACUCUGGACGAAGACCGCCAGUCCAGCUCCAAACAACGAACAGGAACUAAACCUUUCAUUGCCCGCGAUCUUUUGACCCUUGCUAAGGAGUCCGACACCUUGCAGAAACACUUCGUUUGGUACGACCUCGAAUUGAUGGUGUACGUGUUUGCAUGGAUAAUUUGUUGUUAUGAGGACGGGCGAGAAAUCCAAAAUCCACCAUUUGAAGGGUGGUGCAAAGGCAAUUUGGUUGAUGUUAGGCGCCAAAAGUCUGAUUGGAUGCACAGGUCUGUGGAACACCAGCCUAUCACUCCCCAAUAUGAAUCUCUCCGUCGGAUUUUAGAGAGCCUUCGGACACAACUCCGCCAUGGAUAUAAUGCACGGGACGAAUACCUGGCCCCUGAUUUUCCCAGUGGGCUUCCCCCGUUUAAACACGAAACCCUGGGCGACCAUGUUACUUACAGCACGAUCCUGGCAGCUCUCGAUCCCCCGCCGCCAUAUACGGACGCUCUCGCCGCCCUAUCAUAA